UUAUUUGUAGUGCUUCCGUUGUGUACCGGAAGUAUUCAUUUACAUACUUCUCUUCCCAAACAGUUUCAUGUCUCAUGUGUUGCGACAGUAUGACAGUCUUCCACGCGUCUAAUUUGAAUGUAUUUGCUACGUUGCGUUAUAUUUGGCAUACCGUAGCUGGUAUGUUAAAUUGAAUUUAUUUUAGGUUUUUGAAAUUCAAAGUCAUGGUCUUUGUAUUCCCACGAUUUCGUUAAAAUAUCUCCAGAUGCCGGAGAAAGGCGAGGGGUGGCAGGUGGCCCGUCGGAAGAAGGGGGCUAAUCGGAGGAGAAAGCCGUCUCAUCCGGGCGAUCACACCCCAGAGCAUACCGAGACAUUGGAUCUCCAGAGAACUAGGGAGCGAAUCACAAAAACCAUGUCUGAGCUGAGGUGUACAGACUUUUGGCCAGAGUGGAAGGAACAACUCAAAGGCAUUUUGUUAGCUCCAGGAUCUUCCGAGGCUGGCCGUGACCUGGCCCCUGGAGCCUCUGUCAGCGUGCCAGAGUGCGAGGGAAACGUGGAGUCUGAGCUGGAAUGUGUGUGUUACGGCCUGGGCUCCUUUUCUUCCUGUGUGUCAGCCCGCUAUCAGCUGGCCAUGCUGCUCCUCUUGCUGGACUCUCUACAGAUCCCGGUGAAGAGCUGCUCUUUGUACGACCCUGUGUUCUCCUCGGGGGAGAGGGAUGUACUGAGGGAGCUGGGCCUCACAGUCCUCACUGAGAACGAGGAAGGGAAGAGACAGGUGACCAGGCCCACUCUGUUUUACCUGAUGCAUUGUGGGAAAGCACUGUACAACAACCUGCUGUGGAAGAACUGGCAGAGAGAAACCCUGCCCCUGCUGACCAUCGUAGGAAACAGCUUCUCUGGCAUACAUGAGAGAAUGGUGGACAGGGAGCUUCAGAGAGACUACACGUACAUUGCUCAUGCUGUGAGUGUGGUCUGUGAGCGAGCCCUUCCCUGCUCCUCCCGCCUCCUGGACGUCUUCAACGACACCGCUCUCAUCACCUUCCCCCCCCUCAGCCUUGACAAACUCCCUCCAUGCACCUGGGCACAGCCGCCAGAGCCGCUGUACCAACACUUCCCCGACCUGGAGAUCAUACAGAGGCAACAACACAGAUAGGAGGUUUCCCUCAUGGAACAGUCUGGAACUCUGGGUUGGCCCUGUGCUGAGGGGCAUGUGUGUGUGUGUGUGUGUGUGUGAGGAUGAUUAUUGUGUAAUCGCAUGAAACUGUGUUUCAUGUGAUUUACAAUGUAAGCAAUUGUAUGUUAUGACUUUAUAAAUAUUACAUUCUUUACCAUUGUGCAUGUUUUUGUUGUAUUAUUCCCACCCAGUGCCAUUAAGUAAACUAUAAAUAACAGCAGUUAAAUUAGCUGUAUUGUAAGCCAAAAUCAGAGGAACACAGUCAUAUUUUAGUUGAAGCGAAAAGUUUAUUAUUGAAAAAAGAUCAGUGCAGCCCUCUCCCAAACGCCCUGCCAUGAAGCACAGCACAGUGUCUCUCUAUCUCUCUCCGUGUGUGUGUGUCUGUGUGUGUGUAUGUGUAAGUAAGUAAAA